AUGGACCCUGAGAGACAGAAACGAAGGGAGGAGAUUCAGAAAGCGAUGGGCUUCAUACAGUCUUCACUGCCCUUUCCUGAACCAGAAAGCUACGAGGCAUUUCUGACCCAGCUGGUGUGCAACUUGCUGGAUGAGGGCAACACAGUGUUCCGGGACAGCGAGUGGAACCAGGCGGUCCAGCACUACGGGGAGGGCAUCAGUGUAGCGCGGUACGCCCAGGCCGAGGCGCUGGUCAUCCCCCCCGAACUGCUGGAGAGCCUCUACGUCAACCGGGCCUCCGCACAUUACCACAUGAGGGACUAUGAGCGGGGCGUGCAGGACUGCGACAGCGCGCUGUGCGUGUGUGAGGGAAGCCGCCGCACCCUGUACCGUAAGGCCCUGUGUCUGAGAGAGCUCGGGCGGCUCCGAGAGGCCUACGAGUGCGGCACCAAAUGCCUUCUCACCGCCCCGCACGACCGGCAGGUGAGCGAGCUGGCCCAGGAGUUGGCCAGCAAACUGGGCCUGAAGGGCCGCAAGGCCUACAUCAGCUCCCAGGGAGAUUCCCCCCCUCCGGGAGGGGAGGGCCAUGGGGAGGGCGCCCCGCCCACAGGAGAGACGUCCUCUAAUGGCCUUGAGUCUUUGACGGACAUGGGACCUGAGGAUCUGUCCAGCGCACAGUGCAUCCCGGCCCCGCUGGCCACGCCCAUCCCGGUCAGCGACGACCCGGCGACCCCCGAGGAGACGCCGUGUGCCGACCUAUCGGAGAGCCCCAGCAGCCAGGGCCUGCCCCCCAUGCCGUACUCGGUGCCCGUGUCGGAGCACAUGGACGAGUGCAGCAACAGCAGCGUCAUCAACGACGAUAUGGAGGGCCUGCUGGACUGCAUCCCCAAGAAGAUCAGCGAGAGCCCGGUACAGGGCGCCAUCCCCACCAACCUCCCCAACACGGCGGUGGCCCUGCGGCCGCCCUACUCCCCGGGCCUGCCCGCCCCGUCCCCCCAGCUGCCCCCGGCCUACUUCACCUCCUCCGUCAGCCAGGUGUCGUCCCAGGAGCCCUACCCGCCGCUGGCCCAGCGGGACCAGGGCUCCACCCACGCGCAGGACGCCCUGGGGGGGGCCUACUCCCCGGGGGACACGGACCCGGCCGGGGGCCUGGACUCCCUGUCGGAGUACACUCUGCCCGGCGGACGCUUAUCACACAGUUUCAUCCCUGGGAUCCGCAACCAUAAUGCUGCACAUAUGAACGGCCAAGGUGGCACCAACCUCUCCAUGCUGUCCCGAAACCCGCUGGCCGCCACCCACGAGUUCCGCCAGGCCUGCCAUGCCUGCUACAGCCGCAUAGGUCCGCGUGUGAUGGACUACCAGUACCAGCCCGAGGCGGCCCACCGCUGCAAGAGGGACGUCCUGCUGUGCCGUCUGAAGAACGGCGACGACCCCACCUGGAAGAGGGUCCGCCCCCGGCCCGCGCGGAAUAACUUCCUGGGGGCGUUUGUCCUUUGUAAAGAGGUACAGGAGCGGCAGGAGUGCCAGUACGGGGAGAACUGCACGUUUGCGUACUGCCAGGAGGAGAUCGACGUGUGGACCCAGGAGAGGAAAGGCGCCCUGAGCCGCGAGUUGCUCUUCGACCCGCUGGGCAGCACGGAGCGGCGGGCGCUCAGCGUGACCCGCCUGCUGCAGCUCCACAUGGGCAUGUUCAUGUUCCUCUGUGAGGAAUGUUUUGACAGCAAGCCUCGGAUAAUCAGCAAGCGCAGCAAGGAGAAUCUGGCAGUCUGCUCCAACCUCACGGCCAGACACCCGUUCGACGACAAUAAGUGCCUGGUGCACGUGGUGCGGUCGGCCAACGUGCGCUACAGCAAGGUGCGCCCGCUGCACCCGCUGUGCCAGUUCGACGUGUGCCGCCACGAGGUGCGCUACGGCUGCCAGCGCGAGGACAGCUGCUCCUUCGCCCACUCCGUCAUCGAGCUCAAGUGCUGGGUGCUGCAGCAGGACACGGGCAUCACCCAUGAAGAGAUGGUGCAAGAGUCCAAGAGACACUGGCACCGGCUGGAGCAGAACGCCCAGAAGCAGCAGAAGCCCAUGCACAUCCCUCACCACGGCAACCACAUGGGCUCGGGUGGAGGAGGUGGGAUGGGGGGAGGCGGCUGCGGCGGGGGAGACUGCAUGGGGGGCGGCGUGAGCUCCAUGGGUGGGAUGGGGGGCGUGUCCGGAAUUGGGGCUGGUCCCGGGAGAGGGCGGGGUCUAAACCUGAAGAUGAAGUUUGUGUGUGGCCAGUGCUGGAGAGACGGGCAGGUCAACGAGCCAGACAAGAACCUCAAGUACUGCACGGCCAAAGCGCGGCACAGCUGGACUAAGGAGCGCCGGGUCCUGCUGGUCAAAUCCUUUGAGAAGAAGAAAUGGGUCGUGGUCCGGCCGUUGCCCUUCUCUCGCACCUACCCACAGCAGUACGACAUGUGUGUCCAUGUGAUGAAGCAGAAGAAGUGCCAUUAUAUUGGAAACUGCUCGUUCGCCCACAGUCUGGAGGAGAGGGAUGUGUGGACGUACAUGAAGAACAACAGCUUGAGGGACAUGCAGCAGAUGUACGACAUGUGGCUGCAGCUGACCAAUCAGAGCCGGCGCACGGACGGCCCCCUCCUUACUCCACCCCCAGAGGAAAAGCAAGUCACCAUGACAGCAGAUUAUUCGGAAGGCAUGGGAGGACAGCGGCUGUCUGAGGGAGAUGACCUCUAACGGGUAGAGGGACAUGAGAAGAGGAUGAGAGAGAGAGACGAGCCUGCUGCUACACCAGCUAUUACAGAACAGACUGUAAACAAUGGUGGCGCCUCUAUUCUGAAUGGGAAAGUAAACAAAUGACCCCUCCCUCACCCCCCCCAAAAAAAAUAAUCACUCGCCGUGGUGACGUCUAGGGGCAUGCUGACCUCUUGGCGUACACACACGCAUACACGUAUACAUACAAAUGCCACAGACACCCAUUCACAGAGAAAGCAACUUUAGGUUUAACCUGUUCUGUUUGUCAUUGUUUUCUGCCAUGCUACAGUCUUUCACACACACAAACAUGUAAAUGACAGUCCUUGCAUGCUUUUAACACCGUGUAAAGCAGAGGCCCUAAUUUGUCAAAUCAACAAUUAUUUGGUGAACACCCCCAGCUGUUCCUCAGAACAGGUCUUUUUGGCGUUGGAUUAACAAAGAUAAUCAGAAGACAGAGAGGGAAGCGCUGGCCGUUUUUGUGCUGUUGUUCCACAAUGAAUUUGAAAUCUAUAUAUUUAAGCGUCAUAGUAUUUAGCUAAAAACGGAAGGAAAGAAAAGCUAAAACUUAGGCUUACAGCUUUUCACAGCAGCCCAGCUGCUACAAACAUGCUAAGCCAUCACAAAAAAAUUAUUAUAACUCACUAAACCCCCCCCCCCCCCCACCCCCAACGCACUCCUUCUUCCUGCUGUAGCAAAUCAAAGAUUGGGCGCAAAAUGGAUUCCCGGGGUGAUGUAUUUAAUUCACUUAUUUUCUUUUGUUUGUUAUUUUGCCUUUCUUUCCUGGGGGAGUCGUACUCCCCUGUUAUCUAGUCUGCCAUAUUGGCAGAAUGCUAUGAAUGUAUUGCCUGCAAGGGCCUUUUUUUUUUAAAGGAAUCGAGGAGAAUUCUCAUUUCCAAAAUAUAAAACAGACAACAAUGCUAUAUAAUAGUUGUUGAAUGUAUGUAGACAUACAUAAGUACAUUGACCUUAUUACAAUCUCCUCAUAUUUAUGCAUCAGUUCCCCUUUCCUACCAGACCCCCCCUGGGUCCCAUCCCCGACCCGGGUUGAGAGUCUUAAGCACCGCCUUCGCACGCCUCCUGAAGCCCGGGGAAGACGAUGAGCAGAAACGUCUCUCCCUGAGGACAAAAAAAAAGACAAAAGGACUCCUCUUAAACGCAAAAACCCAGGGGAACUGCUUCGACCCGAGACGUUACUCAAUUUCCGGCCAUCUUUGCAGGGGUAACGAUGAGUUCUUUAGUGCUUAUAAGGGGCAAUGGCGACAGAAAGUAAUCAGCCUUUAUUUCAAUUAUUUGUUUUUAAAAGGAAAGUCAGAAACCCACCCUACCCUGACACCGAUAUAUCAGACAAGAUGACACUUUAUUCAUCCUGAGCGAUGUGGAUGACGGAGCUAAUACUAUAAUACGGACCUAGUCCGGGUUGUGUUCUGCUAGCUUACACCCCUGUACAUGCACUGUAGGCAUAAGUACAUGUCCUGCUAGCACCCUAUGCUAGCAGCCUAUGUGCAGUACAUGUCCUGCUAGCAUACUAUGUUCAGCACAUAUCCUGCUAGCACCCUAGGAUCAACACAAGGUGUUUUGGCACGCUACGUCCGUACAUGUCCACGAAGAAAUAACGACCCCACCCUGACCGCAAACGGCGGUCAGGGUUCAUUUAUAUUUAGGAGAGUGGAAUUUAUUUUCAGGAGAAGGAUUUGUCGGGCAACCAAGCGAAUAGAGAGAGAAAAUGUCUACAAAAACGAAUGUUAAAAUCUGUUAGAGAGAUUAGGACGAUUUAAAGACUAUAUAUUUUUGUAGGCUGAAUUGUACCUACGAUUAUAUGGCAGAACUAGGAGAUUGGUGCCGAUGUAAUCUGUUCAGCUCGGGCCGGUAUUUCACACAAACAAAAUGUGCUUCUUUAGCCUUUUGGUCAGGUUUGUUACUGAUCAUCCCUACUAGAAAUCCCCAGGGCAGACUUUCAAAAUAAAAGUCUAAAUUCGUAGCUUGGGACAUGAAACAUAUUAGCACCAUAUAAUGUGCCUAAUAAAAACAGCACACUCACACAAGUAAACACACAUGCACACCACAUGCAUACCACAUGCACACCGAGAUAAUGGAUGAACUAUUGCCAUCUUACCUCCAAUGUGGUCCAAGAUGUCAUAAGAUAUGUCUAUACUCAAAUAUACUAUAUUACACAUUAUAUGAUACAUAUUUACUGAUAUUGUUAUACUACUAAUAAUAAUUGAUAACUUAGCAGUUAAGCUUAAUUAAAUAUAUAACCUGAGAACCUUGUAUUGAUUACAUAGAAGAGCUCUGCUAUUGCGUAUAUGACAUGUAUCGCUGAACUAGAUAAUGAUAGUGAAGUUUUUUCUUUUUGUAACUUUUUCUCCUUUUUCUUUUCGCUUAUGUGAGGGUCAUUCCAGACCAUGUGUACCAGUUGGUUUCGGUGGACCGGAUUGGGCCGGCUUUUGGAUUUGUGUUGAUGAACAUCAUACCAGCUGACAGUGUAGAUUGUUCAAACAGAUUGGGUUUCAACAGGGCAGUUUGAUUUGAGUAUUUAUAUUUUUUUAUAGUUUUACUUGCCACCAGCUGAGGCCAAACUUACAUGAGAUCAAGCCCAGUCUUGGUGUAGGUGAUGUAGUGAUGCUCUGGAAUGACCCAGGUAUUAGCUUCUCUGAAGGAAUUCUAUUACUUCUACUUCUACUACUACUACUACUACUACUCCUACUCCUAGUAUUAUGAUGAAUAUGAUGAUAAUGAUUGCUAUCUAAUGACUAUUUCUAUUUCUCCUAUAUGCUAUUGAUAUACGUAUGUUAAUUGCUAUGUAUAACUCUUGAUAUGUAUUCAUGUAUGGAUAUUAAUGAUUAAUGGUAUAUAGGCACCUAAUGUAUGCAACGGCACGGCCUGGAGGAGCAGAAAAACAAAGUGAAAGCUAGUUUUAACUUCAGCUUAUUACUAUAAAAGGGCACCUGGGCACUAGAGGACAUAUACUGACAGUUACAGGAAGCCCGGCCCAGAAGUCCAAACCAUCCGUAGUAAUUCAUUUGAAAUAUCAAGGCUGGUUCCCAUGGACAUCUAAGUGGUGUAUCAAUUAAGCCCUGCCCUAGAAAUAUACUUUUUUUGCAAAAGGAACAAAACAAGGAAUUUGCAGUAUAAGCUCCGUGUCCUUUGGCUGCAGUGGUGAUGGCUCAAUGCAGCUCAUGUCUUAAAACUUAUACUUAGAGGUCUGUAUACUGCAGUUAUAGCGCCAUAUUCUAUAUAUUAUACCUAUAAGAUGAUACAUACACCUAUUGUAUAAUCGUACUCUCCUUUAUAUAUAGAUAUAUAUGAUACCUAUAACUAUGAUUAUUCUAGAAGGACACCCUUAUGAGGUAAUUUAGAUAAAAGAUGUUGGGGAACUGUUUUUUGUUUAUUUUGUCGAGCUGUGGGCCUGUGGGUCAGUGAUGUCACUUCAUAACAUUGGCUGUGAUACUGGGGAGAAGGAGUUUGCCAACGAAAUGCACUCAACACUUUUUCAACUUCAAAUGUCUGCCUAAGCAUCGAUUGCACUACCAGCAUCGCUGGGGGAGAGGGGGGGAAAUGGAACAGCUUAAUGGGGGUUCCUCACUCAAACGUGGUCUUCCCCAUGACCGUGGACCACGUGUUGUCUGCAUUUGGUUGGCAAUGUUUUUCCACCCUUGCUCUGGGGGGGAGCCCAGUUUUUUGGCUGAUUGGUAACCACUGCCAGGCAUAGAGAAUGGCCCUAAGGCCUGUGGUCUUGCGUGUUAAUUGUACCCAAGAGAAGGGAGAGAUAUGAACAGAGAGGAGGUGGGGGAUUCGUUCUGUUUAGGGCCGCCUGCAUUACAGUCCUGCAAGGGGUAGCACCUAACUGUCUUUUGGAUUUAAGUUAUAAUGGGAUAGAUGGCCAAUCUCUUUGUUUUAUGCUGUAUGUUCGGAAAAUUACAGAUUUUACUCAGAAAUCAUGAAUAACACAUUUGAUUUCAAUCCUGCCUAAUUGAGAAGUUAUUUAAUUUGGAUGUUUUAAUAUAAUUGUUUUCACGAGAUGAAGCUGAAUCAUGACCCACACCCUAAUUUCACUUGACAAACGGCCGCAUCGUCCUUAUGUUCUGUUCUAUCAUGGCAUGGGCUGAUCUCAUGCAUCCACCAACACUUUGUCUUUGUUUACUUGUGAUUCUCUUGUUUUUCCUAAGUCAUCCCUCCUACACCCACUGACACCCCACCUUCUUAAAUCCAUCCCCACCUACACACAAACCUGACGCCGGCCACCCAGAUGAAAAUCCAUGUGAACCUCUAGUUUUGUUUUGUUUAUCAGUGGUUAUUUGAUGGUCGAAUUAGCUUCCAGGAACUCCGAUAUGAGAGAUGCAGGGGUUUAAGAAGUGGAAAAAAAACCAAGCCUUUUUUUUGUACUGUACUUUUACGUUUGUUUUCUUUUUUUCUUUUUGUUGUAUUAGUUUGUCUUUGUUUCAUCCUCUAUCCUCCAUGGUUGGAAGUGAAUCACGGUCAAACAAGUGGACCAAAUCUCUUGAAAGCAUUUAAUAAACGGAGUGUUUUAGAAAAACA